UUUGCAACAUAGAGAAGAGACAGCUUAUCUCUAGCCGUAUGUGAAUUCAAGGGUUGUCGUUGUAGAAUACAUUAGUAUAUGGUAAUUUUUGUUUGUUGUGACUGUUCUUCGUAUCUUUUUCAACCAAAGAAUAAAGACAACCUUGUUGAUAGUCCAACUUGAACAACUCAAGGAAGAACAUAGUCAUCGAUUUGGAUUGGCAAUCCAUUGGAUAAUUGGCAAUAGGGCAUGCCAAGUGUCUUGUUGCAAACGUUGUUUGGCUGUUUGUAAAGUACAAACACCGUUCCACUUUGCUGUGAAGCAGCACCCGAUUGAAACAUUGCACACCUUACCUAGGGUAUAUAUUGAAGCACCAUUGAAAAUUGCUUCCGUGAUGACAAGCCAUCUACCUAAUACUUCAAGUCAGCCGCAAAACGCGGAAGGAGCCGCUUCUAUGAGAAGAAUUCCUUUUCCUAUACCCCCCAUGAUGUAUGGAGCUUAUGGGCAUCCUUCUAAUCAACCCGCUUUGGCGCCUUACACUGCUCCGGAUGGUACACCGCUUGUGCCUCACUCCCUACCGCCACCCUACCAGAGUAUGGCAACAAUAUCUCCCGGUUCUCGUGUUAUGCCGAGUAACAUCAAUAUGGAGUCGGAAGGAUCUUAUCCACCUCAUCUUUAUGGAUCCAGUGCACAGUUAAAUCCUUUAACAAUGUACCCUCCUUAUAUUCAUUCAAGUGAACCUGUUUCAGGAAUUCCUAUGUAUCUGAAUUCACCUUUUCCAUCAUUUGAUCCAACUGGACGUGCACCUUUUAUGAAACCCACAGACUUCCCAUUAUCUUCCAAAUUGGAUAACAGACGUUCUGGUGACUCAGAAAACAACUCGGACAAAGAUAACCCAAAGACAGCGAGUGGUAGUGCUCAAUCCAUGGCAAUGGUUGGUAGUUCCUAUCCAAGUUCUUCUGAAAUGUCUUCUCCUUUAGAGCAUUCUGAUACUAGACAGCUUGCAAUGUCUCGUCAUCCAACCUUUUCAUUGCCACCACCUUAUUCAGGCUUUACUAUGUAUGACCCAAAUCGUAGUUCUUCUCAAACCCCAAUAGCAUAUACAGGUAGUGAUAAGCAAUGGAAGGACGCCAGUCAAACAGAACAAAAUGCAUCUUCAAGUAUGAAUCCUAUGAAAGCGGAUAAUCAAGAACAAGCGUCUCGGUCAACUACUAUAUCUCCACCUAAAACAGGAGCAUUAAACGCAGAGAAUCCAUCACUCAGUCCUUCGGAUGAGAAGACCAACAAAGAAACCUCACCAUCUUCACAAUCUGCACCAUCAUCCAACCGAAAAUUAAAAGUAGAAGAUGCUUUGGCGUAUUUAGAACAAGUUAAAACUCAGUUCAAUGAUCAACCACACGUAUACAACAAAUUUCUUGAUAUUAUGAAAGAUUUCAAGUCCCAAGCUAUUGAUACCAAUGGAGUUAUGGCCAGAGUCUCCGAACUCUUUCGUGGUCAUCCCAACCUUAUUUUAGGAUUCAAUGCUUUUCUUCCUCCUGGGUGUAAGAUUGAAGUUCCCGAAGCGCAGGUAACCGAAAAUUAUUAUGUCUCUUCUUCUAACAAGGCUUAUUCGGAACCUUUACUUUCUACACCCUAUGGAUAUGGACAAUCAGAAAGUUACUAUUCAACUUAUCGACCUUCACCUUCAAGCAUGACUUAUUCACGUAUGCCAAUAGCUUAUUCUGAAAACAAAGCAUUGGAACCAACACCAUCGUUACAGAAACCGAAUGCCAUGACCGAUGAAGAAGCCAAGCAAUGGAGCCAAGCAUCAGCUGGAAUGUCCAAUGCAACAUUGUCAUCAGCCGUUGCAAACAAACCAGUGGAGUUGGAUCAAGCCAUUCAUUACGUGAAAAAGAUUAAACAACGAUUUGCUAUGCAACCACAAGUAUAUCGUCAGUUUCUAGAUAUACUGCAUAGUUAUCAAAAGGAGCAAAAGAGCAUCAAGCAAGUAUACGAACAAGUAGCCACUCUUUUUCAACACCAUGUAGAUCUUUUAGAAGAGUUCACCAACUUCUUACCUGAAUCUGCUAGCCAAGCAAAAGCAUCCAAAUCUUUUGCCACCAGUCAGGACAAGUCAAUUCAUCCUUCUUCAGGUAACGCCAAUCAACGUAGCCAACCUUAUUUUGUCGUAUCCGAUGAAGAAAUGCAUCCGAGGAAAGUAUCCAGUCAGGAAUGGAAAGCAUCAUCGAAACAACCCAAGAGGGAAGAAAAGAGAAAAGAAGCCAAGAAAAGACAGUCCACUACAACAGACAAAGCUCACGAAUCGCAAGUUUCGCGUGCUUCUUUAUUAACCAAGAAUAGUAUGAUUCUAUUCGAACAAAUUCGCAAGGAGUUGGGACCUGAGCAGAAAUAUAUCUAUUCGGAGUUUAUCAAAUGUCUUUCGUUAUUUUCGCAAGGAAUUAUAUCACGUGCCGAAUUGCUCAUGUUGUGUCAAGAAUUAUUUGCUGAAAAACCUGCUUUAUAUGAAGCCUUUCAAACUUUCUUACAAUCCAGUUCAGCUGGUCCUGGUGCAGUUGAAGAAGCUAUGAGUAUUUUACAAAGUUCUCAAUGGAGAAAAGAAUAUCAACAGAAGAAAAGUGGCAGAAAUGCUUCUGUAGAAGGUUUUGAUGCCACCAAAAGUUGGAGUUAUAAACCAUUAUCAGAAAUUGCAUUGGAAAGCGAAGAAACUUGUACCGUUUCAUAUCGUAAAUUACCUGAUAACUUUCCUCGUCCUUCAUGUUCUGGUCGAGGUCCUUUAGAAAAUGCAGUAUUGAAUGAUUCUUGGGUUUCAUUACCUACUGGAAGUGAAGACUUUUCAUUUAAGCAUAUGAGAAAGAACCAAUAUGAAGACAAUCUCUUUCGUUGUGAAGAUGACCGAUACGAAUUGGAUAUGGUGAUUGAAACCAAUGCCGCAACAAUAGCCAAGUUGGAGCCUAUUGCUGCAGCUGUACAACAAAUGACUUUAGAACAGAGGUCUCGUUAUGCAUUGGCGGAAGGUAUUUUGAGUCCCAUUCAUUUGAAAGCUAUUGAGCGCAUCUAUGGAGAACAUGGACCAAGUGUUGUAGAGCAAGUGAAACAAAGUCCUUCAGUUACUGUUGGCAUUGUAUUAUCUCGUUUAAAACAGAAAGAUGUGGAAUGGAGAAGAACUCGUUUAGAGAUGAACAAAAUGUGGAGAGAAACGGUGGAAAAGAAUUAUUACAAGUCACUUGAUCAUCGUUCAUUCUACUUUAAGCAGACGGAUCGCAAAGCACUCAAUUCCAAGUCAUUAGUUGCUCAAGUAAAUCAUGAUUCAUUGCCUGCUUAUCAAAUCGUGGAUUCUUUUCGUCAUGAAUGGGCACCCAAUGGAGGAUUAUGGACAUCUCGUGGUUUGGAAUGUCCGUUUGAGAAUAGUCGAGAACAAUCCACUCCUUGUAUGGGCGAAUUGUGUAAGGAGGAUAUGGAACAAGUAUUGGAUAUUGUUAUGUUUUCAUUGAAUGUGGAAUGUGGAGAAGGAAAAGAAGCCAAUUUGCUUUAUUAUUUGUUUUCUCAUUUUAUGCUUUGUUUCUUUCGAUUAUCGGAUUCGAUGGAUUUGUCCUGUCCUAAUGAUGUAUUGAGUGAAGACGUUACUCCUAUUUUAGGUUUUCAUUGGCAACUUGUUGGACGACGAUGGAUUCCGUGUUGUAGUUGUGAAGAAGAAGGACCAUUUUCUUCCAGUCAUCUUUUGAUGGAACAAGAUGACGCAUCUUUAUUUUUCCAAGGCAACGUAUUUUAUGGCGACGAGUCUUUGUAUAUUUUAUUUCGUCUAUUUCAUCUUUUAUAUAAUCGAUUGGCAGCAGCACAACAAAUGGCACAAUCACAAGCACAACAAGCCAGAGAAAGAGCUUCUAUCCAUAAUCAUAAUGCUACUGCUGGUGGUGUUCCAAUGGGUACUCAUUCCGUGAUACUUAAUCACGAUACAACCUCUUCUCAAACUUUUAAUCGGAUACAAUCCAAUGCGUUUGAUUCGGGUGCUCCUGUUGCAACUGCAGGGACUACAGCUGAACAAUUGUUUGAAGAAUAUUUAUCUUCAUUGAAGAGUUUAUUGGAUGGUUCAUUAGAAACUUCCAAAUAUGAAGACCGUUGUAGAAGUUUAUUGGGUACCAACAGCUACAUACUUUUUACUAUGGACAAGUUGAUUGCUCGUUUGAUUAAACAAAUACAAACCGUAUUUCAUCCCAAUGGAGGAAAUGCCAACGUUUGGUUAUACACUUAUUAUCAUUUACUUGAAUGCUGUGUCGAAUAUCUAUCGAAUGGCACAUUUACCUAAUUCUGUGUUGGGCAGUAAACGAAAUGGUGGUGUUUUACAAUGCAGCGUAGUUGUGACAAAUGAAAAGAAUGGUAAAAGUACUGUUCAUGAACAAACAAAGAAAAUAGAUCCGUAUUGGUAUAUCUAUGCAACUCAAUCAUGCUCAAAA